UUUGGGCUCUCUGUGAACAGCUGCCGCGAGAGAAUGGUGCACCUCAGCGCGCGUAGGUGUGCGACUGUACUCAACUCGGAUCUUACGCGCUUGCAACUUUAACGCAGCACGCAGGUCAAUUCAAGUGUGUGUGUGUGUAUAUGUGUGAGUGUGAGUGUGUGUCUGCGCAAAGUUCAAAGCGUCUCCUCGUGUGGCUUCACACACACACACACAGACACUACAAAUGGCUUGGACAAUCCCCCCCCACCUGCGCGGGACCGGCGCUGCUUUCCUUCUGGUCGCGACACUUCUGACAGGUGCCGCGCUCGCGCAGGUUUUUGACACUUACGGAUUAUCCUACGCCUUGAGAUCCGAACUGUCGGAGGACGCGAUACUGGUCGCCAACAAUGGAAUACGCGUGCCUUUCGGGAGGUCCGUCUACAUCGAUCCCAUCAACGAUUUGGUCAUCCAAGUUCAGCCCGGGGACAGAUGCAGCAUCACAGUUUUGGACCACGAUCCCUUGUCUCAGAGGCCCGGACACCUGUCUCCGAAAAAGUUCCCCUGUGAAUUUGGUCCCAAUGACGUGAGAUAUUCCCACCUUGGCUCCAGGAGCCCUCCAAGGGACAGGGUGAGGCUGCAGCUCAGGUACGACACUCAAACGGAUACUGUUAUAAUCCCGUUCAUGAUGGAGGUGGAAGUCGUUUUCACACAAUUAGAGGUGCUAACCAAAAACAUGCCCCUCGUGGUUGAUAAACUGCUGGGCACAAGUAACCCCAUUGAUAGAAAAAUCCUGGAGUUCACCUUCGAUAGAAACGUGCACCAGUGCAAAAUAGCCUCUCUGUCUAGUGGCAGUACAUUACCGAGAUAUGGGAAACUUGUGGAUGAUGGGAAUCUCGAAAAGAUGGUGGACUGUGAUGAGUUCCUUACAAUGAAUAUCCGUUAUCAGCACACCUCUGCUCUGAAAUCACCAAACAGGGAUUAUAUCCCGAUGCUUGUGGAACUGCACGAUAAGGAAGGAAAUUUGCUCAAACAAGAAUUUUUCCAAGUGCUGGUGCGAAUAAGAGAGGGGGAGGAAAACACGGCCCCUAAACCCAGCUUUGUUGCGAUGAUGAUGAUGGAAGUGGACCAGUUUGUGAUGACUGCCAUCACUGCUGACAUGCUGGGUGCGGAGGACAUUGAGUCUAAUCCCGAUGAUUUGAUUUUCAACAUCACGUCCACUCUGUCCUUCGAGGAGGGGUACAUAGUGAGCACCGAUGAUAGGAAUCUCCCAAUAACGUCGUUUUAUCAGGAAGACCUUAAAGACUUGAAAAUAGCCUACAAGCCUCCUGCUGUGGACUCAGACACGGAGCGAAUUUUCCAGAUUGAAUUUGAGGUGGUGGAUACAGAGGGGGCCGUGUCAGACCCGUUUGCCUUUAUGAUUGUUGUGAAACCGAUGAACACACUAGCCCCAGUGGUGACCAGGAAUACCGGUCAGCUGCUUUAUGAGGGACAGUCCAGGCCUCUAUCCAGUUCACAUAAUCUUGAAAUCAGUGAUGAAGACAAUCUAGACAAAGUCAGGGUGACUGUAAUUGACGGCCUACGGCACGGAGAGCUAACCGUUCUGGGCUCCAGCAGGAAAUUUUUCACCCCAGCAGACCUCGAUGCUGGAACAGUCAUUUAUCAACAUGACGGGAGUGACACCUACAGUGACAAUAUCAUUUUUCGGAUGACGGAUGGGAAAAACGAGGUGGAGUUUCUCUUUCCCAUCACCGUUGUGCCAACCGACGACGAACCGCCCAUUAUUAAUGCGAACACCGGGUUGGUUUUAUUCAAGAACCAAAUAAUGCCAAUCUCCCCUCUUAUGCUGAGCGCAGCAGACAUUGACUCAGAGGACUCCACUAUCAAAUUCAAAAUCGAGUCACCUUUGUCCACUAUUGGCCAAGUGCUGCUGCGCCAGGCCGAGGCCCCGGAAGACCCAUCGACCUGGCGGUUUAAUGCAGAGGAUGAACUUUAUGAGAAAGUUGUAACCGAGUGGCUGCAGCAAGAUAUAACCGACGGUAAACUGUUUUACAAGCACGUUGGACCUCACAGUACCGGCACGGUAAUGGACCAGUUUGUUUUCAGAGUUCAAGAUGACAAUGACCCACCUAAUCAAUCAGGUGAGAGCUCAUUCAUUAUCAAGAUUCUCCCGAUCGAUGACCUCCCCCCUGAACUGUACCCUGGCACUACUCUGCAAAUUACUGUACACGAGUACCAGCGUACCUACUUCCGGAAAAAAUUCCUCCGUUACACUGACCUGGACUCAGAGGAUAGGGAUCUUAAAUACACAAUCACCCAGCCGCCGACAGACACAGACGAGAAUAGCCCUGUUGUAUUGGGAUCCAUAGUACUAAGUGAAAGGCCAGAUGUUGAGGUAACAACAUUCACUCAGGCACAGAUCAACCACCAUAAAAUAGCUUACAAACCCCCUGACCUUGAGCUAGGAAUCACUACUCAUGUACUGCAGUUCAGGUACACUGUGGAAGAUACCUCUGGGAACAGUGUAGCUGGAGUUUUCACCAUAUUCUUGCAGCCUGUAGACAACAAGCCGCCUCAGAUAACCAACUCUGGCUUUACUCUAUUUGAGCGCGGCACACAUAUCAUUACAAAGGCUGAGCUGGACACGACAGACACAGACACCGACCACAAACAGAUAUCCUUUACCAUCACUCAGCCCCCGCUCCAUGGCCUGGUGCGGUACACAUUUACAGACAUGACAAAAAGUGACACUUUCAAUCUUGACGACAUUGUAAACGGUAGGAUUUCUUAUGUCCAUAAUGGGGACGAAUCAACAGCCGAUUCAAUACAAAUAGAUGUUAGCGAUGGUGUCCAUGUUGUCCCCAUUACUAUCAGGAUCUCUGUGAAGCCCAUUGACGACGAAACCCCGAGUAUUAGUCUCCCAACAGGCACAAUUGGCUCCUAUAUGGACGUCUUGGAAAACGGAGCGACGGAAAUCACAAGUAAUGUUAUACAGGGAAGGGAUGAGGACACGGAUGACCUCCGUCUUACAUUCAUUGUGGAAGAUCCACCGGAUUUGGGUGAAAUCCUGGUGAACGGUGUCCCCUCAAGCAUGUUCACCCAGGCUGACAUCAUUAACGGGCUGGUGGUCUAUGCACACACCAGUGGAGAGAUAGGCCCCACCACAAAGGAGGACUACUUUAAUCUCACCCUGACUGAUAUGUCUGAUGAAUGGACUGUGGGGGGAAACAAGGUCACCGGUGUCAGAGUGCACGUUACUAUUCUUCCUAUGGACAGCCAGGCCCCAGAGGUCUUUGUUGGGCCACAGUUUGUCGUCACUGAAGGAGAGAAGAAUGUCAUUGAAAUCCUCCACAUAAGUGCUGAUGAUGUUGAUACUCCUAAUGAUGACCUCCUUUGUACAAUCAUAGUCCAGCCGACUUCAGGGUAUGUGGAAAAUAUUUCCCCGGCCCCGGGUUCCGAGAAGUCCAGAUCCGGGAUGGCUAUUAGUGCAUUCACCAUCAAGGACAUCAGACAAAAUCACAUCUACUACGUCCAGAGUAUUCACAAAGGGGUGGAGCCAGUCGAGGACCGGUUCACAUUCAGGUGCUCUGACGGCAUCAACUUCUCCGAGAGGCAUUUCUUCCCCAUUUCCAUACUCCCCUCGAACGACGAAAAGCCCGAGAUAUAUAUGAGAGAGUUUGUGGUCAUGGAAGGCAUGAACAUAGUUAUUGACACGCCCAUUUUGAACGGCGCUGAUGGGGACGUCCCCCCCGACGAGCUGACAUUUAUUAUAACCAGACCACCCAAGCACGGCGUUAUUCUCAAUCAGCUUACUACUGGCACUGUACCGGCCUCGAAUUUCACCCUAGAUCAGAUCAGAGAGGCUUCCAGCAUUGUGUAUGAGCAUGAUGACUCAGAGACCACAGAGGACAGCUUUGAUGUCACGCUCACUGACGGCAGGUUCAGUGUGGAGAAAACAGUGGUUGUUAUGAUUAUUCCCGUGGACGAUGAAACCCCGAGGAUGGCCAUCAACGACGGCCUUGAAAUCGAAAUAGGCGAUGUGAAAGUCAUAAACAGCUAUGUUUUGAAAGCAACUGACCUGGACUCUGAGGAUAGCGCGCUGACGUACGUUAUCCGCUACGGGCCCGCUCAGGGCUAUUUGCAGAAGGCAGCGCCGUAUGGGACGUUACAAAACCUGACGGUCGGGAUGAACUUCACACAGAGCGAGGUUGACCGGGGUUCGAUUGUAUACACCCACAACGGACAAGAAGGCAUUCGGGACCUUAUCAAGUUCGACGUGACGGAUGGCACCAACCCUUUGAUUGACAGAUAUUUUUAUGUCACGGUGGGUGGCAUUGACAUGGUCUUCCCGGACGUGGUCAGCAAGGGCGUAUCCUUGAAAGAGGGUGGCAGAGUGUCGCUGACCACCGACCUGCUCAGUACAAGUGACCUAAACAGCCCCGAUGAGCACCUGGUCUUUACGAUCACCCGCGCGCCGAUGAGGGGUCACCUGGAGCGUACGGACACUCCCGGGGUGCCCAUCGCGUCCUUCACGCAGCUCCAGCUCGCCGGCAACAAAAUCUACUACAUCCACACCGCGGACGACGAGGUGAAGAUGGACAGCUUUGAAUUCGAGGUGACGGACGGCUACAACCCGGUGUUCCGCACCUUCCGCAUAUCCAUCACGGACGUGGACAAUAAGAAGCCGGUCGUCACAGUGCACGGCCUAGCGGUGGCGGAGGGGGAGAACAAGCUCAUCACGCCGUUCGAGCUAACGGCGGAGGACAGGGACACCGCAGACCACCUCGUGAGGUUCACCGUCACUCAGGUCCCGGUGCACGGCCGUCUGCUCUUCAACAGCAGCCGGCCCGUCGCCUCCUUCACAAAGCAAGACCUGAACGAGAACAUGAUCAGCUAUAAACACGACGGCACCGAAAAUGCCGAGGACAGCUUCUCCUUCACGGUCACGGACGGCACCCACACAGACUUCUAUGUGUUUCCGGACACGGUGUUUGAGACUCGCAAGCCGCAGGUGAUGACGAUUACGAUCCUCCCGGUUGAUAACGGAGUGCCACAGAUUGUGGUGAACAAGGGUGCCCCUACUCUGAAGCUUCUGGAGACGGGUCACCUGGGCUUCAUGAUCACCGGUAAGACCCUGAAGGCCGAGGACAGAGACAGCCUCCAUCACUCGGUGACCUUCAAGCUCACCGUGGGCCCGGAGCACGGCUACCUCAUCAACCUCGGCAAAGGCAACGCCACCGUCACCACGUUUACUCAAGCGGAAAUUGAUGAGCUGAAGGUAUGCUACGUUCUGAAGGAUGGCGACAACGCGACCAGUGACAUCUUCCAUUUCUCCAUUGAGGAUAAUGGAGGUAACAAACUAAAGAGCCAGCAGUUCCGUCUGAACUGGGCCUGGAUCUCUUUCGAGAAGGAGUUCCAUGUGGUGGAUGAAGAGGUCAAGUUCUUGGAGGUGGUGCUGAAACGCAGAGGCUACCUGGGAGAGACCUCCUUUGUCAGUAUAGGCACCAAAGAUGGCACAGCACAGAAGGACAAAGAUUUCCGUGGAAAGUCUCAAAAGCAGGUCCAGUUCAACCCGGGACAGACCACGGCUACGUGGAAGGUCCGCAUCUUGCCCGACAGUGAAUACGAGGUGUCAGAGACGUUUCAGAUCAUUCUGUCAGAGCCUGUCAUGGCAGCACUCGAAUUUCCAGAGGUUGCUAUGGUGGAGAUCGUGGACCCUGGUGAUGAGUCAAAAGUGUCCAUUCCCUCAGCCACCUACAACAUAGAGGAGGAUAUUGGUGAGCUUCUAAUUCCUGUGCGCAGAAGUGGAGAUGUCAGUCAGGAGCUCAUGGUCAUCUGCUAUACCCAGCAAGUGUCAGCUACUGGCACCAUUCCCACCACAGUGCUGUCCUACUCAGACUACAUCUCCAGACCUGAGGAACACCACAGCAUCCUGCGCUUUGACAAAGGAGAGGUGGAGAAAUCUUGCCGGGUUGUGAUCAUUGAUGACUCGCUGUAUGAAGAGGAAGAGAGCUUCAACGUUACUCUCAGCAUGCCCAUGGGGGGUCGUCUGGGCACAGAGUUUCCCACGGCCAGAGUCACAAUCAUACCUGAUAUGGAUGAUGCUCCCGUCUUCUACUUUGGCAACACCAAUUACCAUGCAGAUGAGAGCGACGGCUUUGUUGAGGUGCAGGUAUGGAGGACGGGGACUGAUCUCGCCAAAGCAGGGACUGUCACUGUGCGCUCCAGAAAGACGGAUCCUGUCUCGGCUGAGGCUGGUGUGGAUUAUGUCGGGAUCAGCCAGAACCUCGACUUUGCACCGGGGGUCACCAUGCAGACUUUUCGUGUUACCAUCCUGGAUGACCUGGGCCAGCCGGUGCUGGAGGGGCCAGAGAAGUUUGAGCUGGUUCUUCGGAUGCCCAUGAACGGGAUCCUGGGGGAGCCAAGCAAGGCUACCAUCCUUAUUAAUGACUCAGUGUCUGACUUACCAAAGGUCCAAUUUCAGGAUGCUAUGUAUAUGGGGAAUGAGAACUCAGGGAAGAUCUCAGCCAUUGUGUACCGUAGUGGAGACAUCAGCUACAAAUCCACAGUGCGCUGCUACAGCCGACAGGGAACAGCCCAGGUCAUGAUGGACUUCACUGAGAGGCCCAACACUGAUGCCUCUUUAAUCACCUUUUUACCAGGGGAAGUUGAAAAGCCUUGUGUUCUGGUGCUGGUUGAUGACACAGAACAUGAGGAUGAGGAGGAGCUCCGGCUUGUGUUGGGAAGCCCUAAAAGUGAAUUCCCUUUCGGAGCCACCAUCGGAAUGCAGAAUGAGACUAUUAUUAAAAUCAAAGAUGAAGCAGACAAGGCCAUUAUUAAGUUUGGGGAGACCAAAUUCAGUGUGAAUGAGCCUACGGAAAGUGGCCAGGUGUCCGUGGUGAAGGUCCCAGUGCUGCGUGUUGGAGACACCUCCAAGGUAUCUGUUGUCCGAGUUCACACCAAAGAUGGAUCUGCUACCUCUGGGGAGGACUACCAUCCCAUCUCUGAGGAAAUUGUGUUCAGAAAAGGUGACACAGAGCACUUUGUAGAGGUAGAGGUCCUAUACGACGGUGUCAGAGAAAUGAGGGAGGCGUUUGUUCUCCACCUGAAGCCCGAUGAAAACAUGGUGGCAGAGACAAAGAUGAGCAAAGCCAUAAUCUAUAUUGAGGAGACCAGUAGCAUGGCGGAUGUCACCUUCCCCUCAGUGCCCCAGGUAGUGUCCCUACUACAUUAUGAUGACAUGGACAGGACAAGGGACUACCAUCCUGUGGCUGGAUACCCCGUCAUCUGUGUCACAGCUUGCAACCCAAAGUACCCAGACUACGAUAAGACAGGCUCUAUCUGCAUAAGUGAGAACAUCAACAACACCUUGACCCGCUAUCGCUGGCUAGUCAGCGCCCCCACUGGCCCUGACGGCGUCACAAGCCCUAUGAGGGAGGUGGACUUUGACACCUUCUUCACUUCCUCCAAGCUCAUCACCCUGGACUCAGUAUACUUCCAUGCUGGCUCCAGGAUCCAGUGUGCUGCUAGGGCAGUGAACUCCAAUGGAGACGAGGGUCUGGAGCUCAGUAGCCCCAUUGUGUCCAUCAGUGUGGAGGAGGGGAUGUGCCAGCCUCGUGUCGUAGGUACAGUGGGGGCUGAGCCCUUCUCUGCAAAACUACGAUACACUGGUGCAGAAGACCCAGACCACCCAAACCUCAUCAAACUGACUGUCACCAUGCCCCACAUUGAUGGUAUGUUGCCGGUAGUGUCCACCCGACCUCUCUCCAACUUUGAGCUCACACUGAGCCCUGAUGGGACCCGUGUUGGCAACCAUCGUUGCUCCAACCUAUUGGACUAUACUGAAAUCAAGACCCGUUAUGGUUUCCUCACUGAUGUCACCAAAAAUCCAGAGGCAAUCGGAGAGACCUCCCCUUAUCAGUAUAGCCCCUUUCUAAGGGGAUCCAGCACGCUGCGUUUCUACAGAAACCUCAACUUGGAGGCGUGCUUGUGGGAGUUCAACAGCUACUAUGACAUGUCAGAGUUACUCAGUGAUUGCGGAGGCACCAUCGGGACUGAUGGACAAGUUCUGAACCUGGUCCAGUCCUAUGUGACGCUGCGGGUGCCACUUCAUGUGUCCUAUGUGUUCCACUCCCCUGUGGGAGCAGGAGGAUGGCAGCACUUUGACUUGCAGUCAGAGCUGAGGCUCACAUUUGUUUACGACACUGCCAUCCUGUGGAGGGAUGGUAUCGGUAGCCCACCAGAGGCAGAGCUACAAGGUGCCCUGUACCCAACCAGUAUGCGUAUAAAUGGCCAGGGCCGUCUAGUAGUCAACUUCCGCACCGAAGCUCGAUUCAGAGGCCUGUUUGUGGUUUCACACCCAGCCUCGUCCCUGUCCUCCAUGAUCAUGUGUCCGGACCACCCUGGUUUGACCUUUAACCUGAGCCUUGUGAGGAGUGAGCCCACGUACAACCAGCCCAUCCAGCAGUGGACCUUUGUCUCUGACUUUGCUGUUCGUGACUACUCUGGGACAUAUACGGUGAAGCUGGUCCCCUGUACGUCGCCUCCCAACCUGGAAUACACCAUCCCACCUGUCUGCAAUCCUCGAGACCCUGUCACCUUUGACCUUGACAUCCGUUUCCAGCAGGUAAGCGACCCGGUGGCUGCUGAGUUCAGUCUGAACACGCAGAUGAUCCUCCUCUCCAAGAGGACCCUGUGGCUCUCAGAUGGCUCCAUGGGCUUCGGUCAGGAGAGCGAUACUGCCUUUUCACAGGGGGAUAUAAUUUAUGGCAGAGUGAUGGUGGAUCCCGUGCAAAACUUAGGGGACUCCUUUAUCUGUAACAUUGAGAAGGUUUUUCUGUGCACCGGAGCUGAUGGAUAUGUCCCUAAAUACAAUCCUACCAACUUUGAGUUUGGCUGUCUGGCGGAUGCCCCAUCCCUGCUGUAUAGAUUCAAGAUAGUUGAUAAAGCUCAGCCUGAGACUCAGGCUCAAUCAUUUGGAAAUGUAGCGUUCAAUGCUUUCCUGGCAGUGGAUGACCCAGGGGCAUUGUCUCUAGUGAAACAGCCUGGUUCAGAUGGCUUCAGAGUCGACUCCUCACCCCUUUUCCAGGUGUCUGCUGGAAGAGAAUGGUACAUUCAUACCAUUUACACCAUCCGUUCCAGGGAUAAUGCUAACCGAGGCAUAGGGAAGAGAAGUGUGGAGUAUCACUCACUGAGCCAGCACACCGGCAUCGCAUUGCAAGGCCAGUCUCGAUCCAGACGAUCAGCCAACGAGGUCCAAGAUGUUGUAGAAGAGAUUGGUAUGGAUAACAACCGGGGCACCAACAUCCUGCAUAUAGCACUGGAACGCAGUGGUCAACAAAUGACCAGCCCAGAGAAGGAGAUCUUCACCAAAGGGAUCGUUCCCAGGGAGCUGAACCAAAAAGAAAACAAUGAUGACACGCUCGUGCUGAUCAUAGGAAUCUUCGUCGGGCUGCUCCUCACCAUCCUCAUCAUCAUUGUGGUGGUGUUGCUGAUGCGUUCGAAGCACGAGAAGAAGGGCAUGCCCAAAGGCUCCGGCAGUACAGAGCCCAUGAUGACACAAGGCCUCAGCAACACUGACAGCUCCGAGGUCUGA